GGACCCUAAAUACGUCAUGGACGCAAUACCAGCUAUACCAGCAGUACGAGCAAUGCCACUGAGGCCUGCCCAACAGGAGGACUAUAAGUCUUAUGUGGACAGAAUACCAGCAAUGCCUCUAGAACCCACCGUACAAAAGGAUCCUAAAUAUGUCAUGGAUGCGAUGCCAGGGGUACCUGCUAUGUCAUUGAAGGCUGUCCGAGAGGAGGACUAUGAAUCUAUAGUGGACAGAGUGCAAGCAAUGCCUCUAGAACCCACCUUACAAAAGGAUCCUAAAUACGUCAUGGAUGCGAUACCAGCAGUACCAGCAAUGCAAAUGAAGUCUUCUCGAAAAGAUGACUAUGAUUCUACAGUUGACAUAGCAAUGCCCCUACAUCCCAGCCACGAGAAGGACCCUGAAUAUGUCAUGGACGCGAUACCAGAAGUACCUGCAAUGCUACUGAAGCCUUCCCAACAGGAUGACCAUGAAUCGGUGGUGAAGUUAGUACCGCAUGUACCUUUUGAAAAGGAGAAUCCUAAAUUGGUCUUAAAGAAAGAAACCUUAGAGGUGGAUAUGCUACAGACGAUUACGGUUCGUUUUUAGUAUAGCUUAUGUUUAGGGCAAAUGAAUCUGAAAUGUUUGAGGAAAUAAGCACUCUUCCUUGGUAGAUCUAGUGGAAAGACCCGAGGCGUGCCCCCAGGUGGUUCCCGAUUUAUUUUUAUACCAAACCCGAGGCCAAAAGAACCAAGAAAACUACUAAGCAAUUAGUUAGUUAAUUACUCUUCAAACCUGAUAACGUUUGAAUCUCUGUAUUUUGAUCUGUCGCUUCCUUUUAUUUCUUUUUUUGAGAGUCACUUGUAGAUUAUCAAGAGAUAUUAAGUGCUACCCUCAAUUAAGAAAUUUUCUUACUAUUUUCAAGAACGCCUUCCUUAUUUCAAGUUCCCCCACCCCGCCCUUGCCGGUUAUGACAAGGUGUAGAUCGCCACUGUUCUUUUAUUUAAUGACUGUGUGGGUAGAUACCCUAGAGACGACUAACUACUUCUAAUUGUCCACAUCUUUGUUGUAGGAUAGCGAGACUGACGCAAGCUACUUUUCAUAUGAAGACUAUCUGAACGAUAUCGUCACAGGUCCUGAGACACUUUAUGAAGAUGGUUGCCAGUGUCCACAAAAGCCAUUUCGUUUUUGCUACUGCUGCUCCAAGACAGAAGCUUUUAAAAUUUCUAUCAAAGGUGAGGCUCAUUGUCCUCACUGUAUGGGUAAGAAAGGCGCUGAAAAAUUUUAAGAUCAAUAUUUUAGGGAGGAUUUUUAUUUCAGUUCAUUAAUUUAAUUAUUGCUAUUUCAUUCUGUUGCAGCGUGUGUCGUGGGAGACUUGAGUGAGGCCGAUACGGUAAGGGCGACAGAAGAGCUUCUUAUAAUUUGGCAUUCACUAGCUCUUAAUUCAUCACACCAGGAAAAGGCAGUUUUUAAUUGACCGUCAAAGGUCAUUGCUACUAUUUUGACUGGCUGAAAAAUCUCCCGCUACUUUAAAUAGCCUUAAUAGCCAAUCACUCAAGAAAACAAGUUCUAAUCGUGUCCUGUUGAACGUUUUAAUUCGCCCCCUUCAAUAUUACGUUGUUCUCCUUCAGGGUUUUAAUGUGACAGUCAUUGCAAAUCACUCACUUUUCAAGGAACAAAUCUCUGGUAAGUGGAAAGACAGCGAUAAUAUUGUGUUAAAACUCGUUGUAACACACUUACGCUCUCACCCGCCGAUAUCUAAAUAUUGUUUUUUUCUUAAAGGAGAAAUUGUCAGAAGACUCUGCACACAAAUAUUAACAUCUUUCUGUCACCGCUGAAGAGGUUUCAUUUGAAUGUUCACACCACAGGAUUUAUCCACAGACUCAAAAGUUAGAAUUACAUUCUAGAUAAAUAGUACCAUGUGAAAGUACUGCUGACGAGGUUUCAUUUGAAUGGUCACACCUUAGGAUUUCAUCUUCAGACUCAAAAGUUAGAAUUACAUUCUAGAUAAAUAGUACCAUGUGAAGUACUGCUAAAGAGGUUUCAUUUGAAUGGUCACACCAUAGGAUUUCAUCCACAGACUCAAAAGUUAGAACUACACACUAAAUAAAUAGUACCAUGUGAAAGUACUGCUGAAGAGGUUUCAUUUUAAUGGUUACACCAUAGGAUUUCAUCCACAGACUCAAAAGUUAGAAAUACACACUAAAUAAAUAGUACAAUGUGAAAGUACUGCUGAAGAGGUGUCAUUUAAAUGGUCACACCAUAGGAUUUCAUCCACAGAUUCAAAAGUUAGAAUAUACAUUCUAAAUAAAUAGUACCAUGUUAAAGUACUGCUGAAGGGGUUUCGUUUUAAUGGUCACACCAAAACAGACUCAAAAGUUAGAACUACGCACUCCCAGGGGGUAGUCAGCAACAUUUUAUACGGCCGGAAGCCUCUGCCUCGUGUUUCAACCCCUGUCUUUUUAUAAACUAUUUAGACAGAAAAGUUACCCGUUUCGUAUACCGUAUAUUGACAAAUGCUACUCCUUUCACACACAUUGAUUAGAACUUUGCAUCCCUUUAAAUUACUGUAAAAGCACCAUAUUAAAAACAUGAAUAAGUCACAAAACCAGGACGUUUUCUCGACUUUUUCGCAACCAUAAAAUGCAUCUACAUUGUAGAUCUGUUACCAAUUUAGGGCCUUUUUAGAGACGGAAAUGACAGAUUUACCUAUACCCCUUAAUACACUUCAACUUGUGAAAUCCCUAUCCUUUCAUAUACUUAAAGCCUGACAAAGGUACCCCUUCCGGGUGUGCCUCCAGUAAAGGCCAUAACAGGAAGUACCCCCUGGGUGCAUACUAACUGAAUUAAUAGUAUCAUAUUAAAGUACUGCACAUGCUGAAGAGGUUUCAUUUGAAUGGUCACACCAUAGGUUUGCGUUCACAAAAUUGUGUAAUUGCAGAAAAUAUCCGUACCCCCCGCGGAGGACAACGGAAAUUCCGAGGGGAAGGGGGUCCAGAGUCAGGGGUGGUUUCUCGAGGUUAUUUACGGUCUGCGGAAUGUUUUUUUUUCACGGCUUACGCGAUAAAUAAAUGUCAAAUGUCAUCGGCUUAUGAAUAAACUUCUGGUAUUUCACCUGUUGUUGUAGUUCGGUUGUGUUCUAAGCCUUGAAACAAUUUUUUGACUGAAAGGAAGAAAUAAAUGUCGACUCGAUGUUUAGUUUGAAUUUAACUGGCUGUUAUUUGUGUCGUGUAAGGUAUCGCCUCCAUGUUUCUCAUAUCUUACCGUUGAUUAUUAACUAAGGAAGACUUUUACAAGGCGAAAUUGAGAUAAUCAGACACUGUUUUCACAUGAAUAAAAGAUUUUUUUUCCUCUCUUGAUCGCGGAAACAAUUAACUUUCGCAUAACAGUACAGUGCAACAACAUUAUCUUUGACGUAAAUAUAUUUUCCAGGGGGUGCCUACCAGUCAGUUGAAUAAGCACCCCCCGGAAUGGAAAUCCCAGCGGGGUGGGGGUCUAAAACAAAAGUGCCCUCCGCGGAGAGGGGGGUAUGAAUAUUUUCUGGAACUACACAUUGUGAGUUAGAACCACAGUAAAUGUCUCCAUUUUCAAGGCAAUUGACUCUGUCCGUUGUAGGGUUAAAGUUAAACAGAAAAAAUAAUUGCUGUUCUUUUUUUUUAUUUUAGUGACGGAUCCUUCUCCGAUAUGCAAAGUUGUGCAAAUGCUCGACAGAAAAGUGAAAAUGUGCUUAAAAUUGAAGAAAGUGUCGCUGGCCCUCAGUAACACAGGCACAUGUAUGGAUGUCAGUAUUGGCAAAUUAGAACGGCCCUUGGGGUGUUUCUAUAUAUUAAAAUAGGGUGCCUGGUUACCAAGGCGUGCAAUUCAGGGUUUGUUAUAACAUGUAUGCCCAAAUCAAACCAUGAAUUCCAUUACCGGCACAUAACGGGCUUUGUAAACAGAUUUUGUGAAUUUAGUGAUUUUACGCGAAAAGUAAACUUUGUAACGUAAAAACAAAUAAAACAUAAUCCGGGAUUUAGUUACUCUUUUGUAGUUGCAAUUGUUUUGUCAAUAAAAAAU